GUUUGGCAACGCUGCUUAGGCUUGCUUACAGGUGCCUUACAGGACAAUCACAUUGGUGGCUUAGUAACACCUCGCAAAAUCUUCGCCAGUUCGGCCCAACACACGGGGGUCAUACCUCGAUUCGCCCAAAACACCACCACUCGCUCCAACGACGCUUGCAGGCGUCCUUGUGCAGAAUGCUACCUCGGGAUGACCAUAAUCUCGUCGACGCUGAUCAAGCACUUAGCAAAUGCUGAACUCACGCUUCUGGUGCUCGAUGCUUCACGCCAGAGGAGUGCCGUCUAGCCGGAUGGGGUAGGGAAGAGACUUCAAGAGAGGCAAGGUGAAGAGAGACGAUGGACGAUGGCUUCUGACAAGCUUGGCGACGUGGAUUAGGAGCUGUGUAUAUAAUGGCCGCUUGUGCCUGUCUCUUGCUGCUGAGGAUCAAGAAAGAAGACAGCGGACAUCAAGCAGCUUCUCUAUUCCAUACUCUCCUAGCCAAGACAACAUGAAGUUCAAUGCCACCACCUUUCUGUCCGCCGCCCUCGUGGCUGGCACGGCCAUGGCCAGCAACAGCUUCCCAUGGGAGAGACUCAGCAAGAACGACUCUGUGCUGGUGAUCCUCGACCUCCAGGAGGGCCUCUACAACCUUGCCCGUGACUGGGAUCCCACCCUCUACAAGCACAACAUGCUCGCCCACUCUGCCAUUGGACAACUAUUUAACCUUCCCGUCGUCAUGAGCACCUCGGCCGAGACUGGACCCAAUGGCCCGCUCCCUCAGGAAAUCCUCGACAUGUACCCAGACGCGCCCCUGAUCAAGCGCCAAGGCGAGGUUGACGCCUGGGACAACGCCGACUUCCGUGCUGCCAUCAAGGCCACCGGCAAGAAGCAGAUUAUCAUUGGCGGCAUCGUCACCGACGUUUGCACCGCCUUCCUGGCCCGCUCGCUCCGUGCUGAAGGCUACUCCGUCUGGGCCAACCUAGAAGCAAGUGGGACAGUUAGCAAGGAGAUCCGCGACAUAACAAACGCCCAACUCCUAAACGCAGGAGUCAACGUCGUCUCCAUCUUCGCCAUCAUCGCCGACCUGAUGCGCGACUGGCGCAACACCCCCGGAGCCCUCGAGGUCCUGCCCUGGCUGGAGCGCCACAUGCCCGCCUACGGCAUGGUCGCCCGCGCCCACCGCGCCGCCAUCGAGAACGGCACCAUCAUCCCCGGCGAGGAUCAGCUUCCUCGAUGAGCUCUGCUAGGCUGCACUACCUUACUCAGUGUUCUAAGGAUUGUCCACUAAAGAAUGUACUUUCCUACUAAGCACUAGUGGUUGGAACCUGAUCCCUGAUCUACUUUGCUGUUGCUCCUAGGGGUGCUAGUAGCAACACGCAGAUGGUUGGGGUCAGUCAGGGUGGAUUGAGUGAGGAAUCCAUGGAUGGGGAGAUUGCUGCUGAAGGAGUAGGUGGAUGUGUAUAGGGCGCGGAUGGGUAAGAGUGUGGUGAGAGGGGACUGGAGAAAGCGUUGUCCUCCAGGAGCAUCACUCUUCUGCUUCUAUUCUUGUCAAUCAUUUUCGAGCCUGUUUUCUAUAUUACAUUCGCCUUUUCAAGGAACUUUUAUGGAUGGGAGAGACUGGGACCAGGCAAUGCAACCCAUGCC